ACAUCCAGAGUGUUCACCAAAUAUCUGCUUCUCAGGUCACAGUCAGGAACAGGGAAGACUGCAACGUUCUCCAUCUCUGUGCUGCAGUGCCUGGAUAUACAGGUUCGUGAGACCCAGGCCUUGAUCUUGGCACCAACGCGGGAGCUGGCUGUGCAGAUUCAGAAGGGUCUCCUUGCUCUGGGAGACUACAUGAAUGUCCAGUGUCACGCCUGCAUCGGAGGGACCAACGUGGGCGAGGACAUUCGAAAGCUGGAUUACGGGCAGCAUGUUGUUGCUGGCACUCCAGGCCGUGUGUUUGAUAUGAUUCGUCGUCGAAGCUUACGGACCCGUGCCAUCAAAAUGCUGGUUUUGGAUGAAGCAGACGAAAUGCUCAACAAAGGUUUUAAGGAACAGAUUUAUGAUGUGUACAGAUACUUGCCUCCAGCUACGCAGGUGGUUCUGAUCAGUGCCACUUUGCCUCAUGAAAUUCUGGAGAUGACCAACAAAUUCAUGACAGACCCCAUUCGCAUCCUGGUGAAACGUGAUGAGCUGACCCUCGAAGGGAUCAAGCAGUUUUUCGUGGCUGUGGAGAGGGAAGAAUGGAAGUUUGACACCUUGUGUGAUCUCUAUGACACACUCACCAUCACCCAGGCUGUCAUCUUCUGCAACACCAAGAGAAAGGUGGACUGGCUCACAGAGAAGAUGAGGGAAGCCAACUUCACCGUUUCGUCCAUGCACGGGGACAUGCCUCAGAAAGAGAGAGAGUCCAUCAUGAAAGAGUUCAGAUCUGGUGCAAGCCGGGUCCUUAUUUCAACAGACGUUUGGGCUAGAGGCCUGGAUGUGCCUCAGGUGUCCCUGAUCAUUAACUAUGACUUGCCCAACAACAGAGAACUCUACAUACACAGAAUCGGGCGGUCGGGCAGGUACGGCCGGAAGGGUGUGGCCAUCAACUUCGUGAAGAACGACGACAUCCGCAUCCUGCGGGACAUCGAGCAGUACUACUCCACCCAGAUCGACGAGAUGCCCAUGAACGUCGCUGAUCUUAUCUGAAGGUCCGUGUUUACCAAGGAGUUGUGCUGUUUGGUACCCCCCGUAAUUCUGUUUUGGACCCAAAUCCUUUUAUCAUGUCCCUGGUCAUACGUUCCCAAGUUGAGCUGCACUUGGGAACUUGUGUAAAUAAUAUCUUUACUCUCAGCCAUGUUUUUCAAUAAAAAGUUUUACCAUAA